AUGGACGCCGAGUUUCCCUCGCCAUCUGCCUCGGAUCCUGCAUCCUUCGACUGUCCUUCCCUCCGAAAACGCCCGCCGUCCUGCGCUACGUGUGCGAUCCCGUCGGCUCCACUUGCGACUUGCUCCGCCUUUCCUUCCGGCGCCGCUGCGCCGCCGGGAACGAGCUGUGUGUACACUGCGGCUGGCGAGUGGCAUCGUCCUCAGCAGGCCGAAGGCGGUUCACACCGGAGCGAGGACUUUCCAAGCAGGAUGUCUGCUGCCCCGGCUGCUCCUCCCUCACAGUGUCCCCCCGCCUUCCCUCCAGCUGCGUCUGCGCCCUGUCACUUUUCCGCCUCGCCGUCGGACACGUGCUACCUGCCUUCCUUUCACCCAGCCACGUGCACGUGCCGCCUCGAGCUAGGCACCGGCUCUCUGUGUCCCGUGCCGUGCUGCUUGGAUUCGCCCUCGCGCGUCUCGCUCCUCGAGUUCCUCCUUUCUCAACGGCCGGGGCUGCGGCCGCCCGAAGAGUCGCCGUCCGCCGCGUCUUUCCUCUCCCUUGCCGCGCACGCGUGUCCCUUCAACUGCCUCGCCCCGCCGCUGCCGGGCGCCGGCGGUUCGAGCGCCUGUGGCGAGGUUCGCUCUUGGCGUGCGCGCCGAAAGCUCGCACGGCGGAAAGUCGAGGAGCGCACAGCCUCGGCGAAUCGCCUGGCGGGCGCGUCUGCUCCGUGCGUCUCGGGGCUUCCAGGCUACGCGGGCAAAGAUGGCACGAGCGAGGCGGAUUUCGCCGGUUGCCUCGUCCAUCCGGCCGCCUCCCCUUCACCUGCUCUCCCGCAGGCGUUCGCCGAGCGCGCAGAGACCGGGCCGUGCGCAGCCUCUGCCCCGUCGCUGAUCGAAGGCAAACUGUUCCGUGAACAGUCCGCGGGAUCUCUGCCGAACUCCUGCUCGGCCGCGUCAGUCCAGAGUCUCGGCCUCGAGCUGCCUUCGGCAGACGCCGAGGCAAGCGCGGGUCAGGACUCCGUCCACGCGUCGUCUCUCGGACCGAAAAAAGACGCCCUCGGCCAGUCUUCCCUCGACUCUGUCUCCGUUUUGGGCCCAGCCGGGGGCGGGAGUCGCGAGUCGCUUGCCGUCUCCUCCACGAGUGCCGGUCAGCGACGAGCGCCCGUCGACGUCGCGGGACUUCCCGUGAGGCUGUUUGAAGGGCUGUUUUUCGGAAGAAUCCUCCACCGAGGCUUCAGCAACACCGUAUGCUUUUGCAGCUGGACACGCCCAAUCAAUGUGCACCAAGUGCCGCCGUCGGUCUCGUACAUCAACCACUACCACCUGCUUCUUCCCGCGGAGCCGGCUCCGCAGGACGGCGCGCCUGCAGAGGGCCAACUGGACACAGAGAAACGUGCCCCGUUUUCUCCGUUCGCUCCCACGCAGGGCAGUCUAGACAGCCGAUAUCGGCACGAAGAGCGGAGGCGGGUGGACGGCGCGCUCGGCGGCGAAGAGUCGCGCCGGGAGGCGGCGAAGCGCUUGGUGGUGAAAGUGAUCCACAAAGAACGCCUCACGAGUUCCGUGGAACUGCUGCGAGCGAGGCACGAAGUGCUUCUUCUGCAGGAACUGGACCACCCGAAUGUGUUACCACUUCUCCUCGCCGGCGAAGACGACCGAGAAAUGUUCAUGUUCUUCGACUUCGCCACGUGCGGAGACCUCUACAGCAUCACCAAGAUGAAAACGUUCGAGGAGGCUGUGGUGCGGCAGGUUUGCGCGCAGCUCCUCCACGCUCUCCAGUACAUACACCACAAGGGCGUCAUCCACUGCGACAUCAAACCCCACAACCUCCUCGUCUUCCGCCCGGUCUCGGCCCCAGCGCGUGAGCCGAGCGGCAACUCCUCUGCUGGCAAAGACGCGUCUCCCUGCUCUGUUCUCGCCGCCGAGGAAGGCGGAAGAGGGGAGGCGCCGUUCGCAGGCUCGCACUCCUCUCUGGGAGAAAGCAAAUCUCUUCCAGCCGAACUCGCGCAAACAAAGAGGCGAGACGUCUCCGGUGGAGAGCGCGAGGUCGAGAUGCAGGACAAGGAACCUGUCUCUUCGCUCUCGGCCCCCGCCCUCAUUUCGCGAACGAACGGAUGCGCCCCAGUGGCUGCCGAACUCGACGAGGUCGUCAUCAAAGUUUGCGAUUUCGGUCUCGCGCAGCACUACCAACGCGGGCAGAUGAUCAAGUGCGACGAACUUCGAGGCAGUCACGGCUACCUGGCGCCGGAACUUCUUCGGCGCGAGCCCUACGACGAGCGCAUUGACCUCUGGGCAGUGGGCAUCAUCGUUUUCACCAUGAUCGGCGGCUACGAACCAUUCUAUCCUCCGAGCGAAUGCAUAAGCGCGGAUCUCGAGUUCGACGACCGGUACUGGGGCUGUGUGAGUGCUGAGGCGAAAGACUUCAUCUCGCGACUCUUGAUGAAGGACCCGCGGAGGCGCAUGAAUGCAGACGAAGCGCUGGCCCAUCCCUGGUUCGCAAACGGGCGCUCGUGA